ACGUUUGUGCUGCUAAAGAGAGCACGGCAUCCCCAUUGAUCAUGCAACCGGCUUUCCUCUCACUCAUUCUGAUUGCCGUACAUGUGUCUGUACUGGUGGAUUGUAGACCAAGGCUCCAGGACCCCGAGCAACUACCACAACAUCAGCAGAGCAGCUUCUACGCAGGAGCACAAGCAGGUACAUCUGCUGGUACGGGACGUUUUUACUUCGAGCUGAGUGGAUCAGUGAAAAGAGGGAUUCACAGAGUCGCUCUAGUUGUUUUGCCUAUAAGAACAGAUACAAGCAACUUUGUGUCAAUAUUUGAUUUGAGAAGAAAACGGUUCCUCUGUAUAGACUUAAAGGGAGAGCUGUACAUCUCUAGGCAAAAGGUCAGAGAAGAUUGCCUCUUCCAGCACAUUUGGUUAGAUCUGGUGAACCACCAUGAUGCGUUUUACUCUACAAGUCGGGGCCGGCUGCUCAAACGGGAGGGACCUGAGCUGCAACCUUCUCCCUUGGAGCCACCUGAACCCUCCUUGGCACUGCUGGGGAGGUUCCUGGGUCCCUUGGUAAAGAGACAGAGGAGGAGUGAGGAUGUGAACCCCUCCGAUCCAUUGAGAUCGCACUCACAUCCCUCACAUUCUGCCAAAGAUCACAAGGAUACAUCUCAUGGGCAGCCUGAGCAGGACCAGGCUGGGGCUGUGUCCAAAGAAACUAUCACCUCCUGUGACGACCCCCUGCGGGUUUUACAGUCCAACGGGCCUGUCAGUCCCGUCAAGACUAAUAUUGCAGACCGGGCAGAGCAAGAUUAAGAUACUGAACUUGGGUUUAUUAAAUGAAAAGUCAAGAAGGGGUGCAAGUCUUUAUAUUUGUCCUGAAAACUCACUUUAUUUUUGACUGCAUGAUGGACGUAGGUACCAGUAGAUACCUUAUCAUGCAUUUAUGGACUGCAAUAUCAGUGACAACCACAGAAUGCCUUAUGACAGAACGGUAGAGU